AUGGAUGCUGCAUACAGAAAGGGUAGUAGAGGCUCCUUCAAAGGAAAAUUACCUUUCUACAGAAAUAAUGCACCAAAGCCUUCCUCAACCAUCCAAUACAAAGCCACAGAUAUUAAGCCAAAUCACUACACUUCUCCUCCUGCCACUCUAGGGUUCGUGGUCCCCCAGGACUUUGCAACCACAAAGAGAGAUCCAAAGGUUCGCAUUAAGGUAGCAGAUAGUUGUAGCAAUUUGGAUGAGUUGUAUGGUCUUCCUGGAGAUGAAAGUGUAGACAAAAAAGCUGAAAUAUAUAUCGCCAAGGUUCAAAAACGUUUAAUGCUUGAGCGAUUGAACGCAUAA